AUAGACCCUGUAACAUGACACAAAGAUUUUGGCGCGAAAAAAAGGAUCACUUCCGGUGUCUGGUGGUCACGUGCGGUCUCAUUACUAGUCGAGCACCAGACAGGUUCGUAUCUUCGAGCAGAGAGCUGAGAUUUUCUCUCUCAAAACCACAAAAUAUCGUCUGAUUCGUCAUGGCAGGACUAAAGCUUGGAGACAAGAUCAUCGAAGGCAAGACCAAGAUCGUCUACGCCCUCCCCGACGACCCCGCAAAUGUCUACAUCCUGUCUAAGGACCGCAUCACUGCCGGAGAUGGCGCACGUGCAAACGACUUGGAGGGCAAGGCCGUCAUCUCCACGGCAACCGCAACUUCCAUCUUCCAUCUCCUGACCAGUGCAGGUAUAAAGAACCACUUCGUACGGCAACAUGACGACAAGUCCUUCAUCGCCCAGCGCUGUGACAUGAUUCCCAUCGAAUGGGUCACACGACGAUUGGCUACCGGAUCCUUCUUAAAACGGAACGUAGGAGUUAAAGAAGGGUACAGGUUCUCUCCACCCAAGCUGGAGACUUUCUUCAAGGAUGAUGAGAACCAUGAUCCCCAGUGGUCGUACGAACAGCUGCUCGGAGCCAAGCUGGAGGCAGGGGGCCGCGUGAUUGGUCGAGACGAGGUUGAGAUCAUGAGCCGGACGACGGUUGCCGUGUUUGAGGUUCUGGAGAAGGCCUGGGCCACACAGAACUGCACGCUGGUGGACAUGAAGAUCGAGUUUGGCGUCAACACAAAAGGUGAGAUUGUCCUGGCUGACCUGAUUGACAGCGACUCGUGGCGGCUGUGGCCGUCAGGUGACCGCCGGCUGAUGAAGGACAAGCAGGUGUACCGUGAGCUGAAGGAGGUGACAGCAGAGGCUCUGGACGAGGUCAAGAGGAACUUCCAGUGGGUCGCAGAGAGGGUCAAGCUGCUGCAGACCAAGCCCAGCGCUCAGGUGGUUGUCCUGAUGGGCUCAGCCACGGACUUGGAACACGGGCAGAAGAUCAGUAAAGGGUGCCAGGCACUGGGCAUCCCCUGCGACGUCAGGGUCAGCUCUGCACACAAGGGCACUAACGGGCUGGGACCGGUCCUGUCCGGUAACACGUCCUACCCCGUCAUCAACUGCCCCCCUGUGAAGGCCGACUGGGGAGCCCAGGAUAUCUGGUCGUCUCUCAGGCUGCCGUCAGGUCUCGGCUGUUCGACCGUGCUGUCCCCCGACGCGGCUGUCCUGGCGGCUGCCCAGAUCCUCUCGCUGUCCGACCACAUGAUCUGGUCCCGCCUGCGCUGCAAGCAGCUGUACACCUACCUCGGGCUCAAGGACUCCGACAAGGAAGUCCGCAAGGACAAGUAAAAUCCAAGUCCUCAACUGUGCAUUACAAUGCAAUGCAAUGCAGACUUUAUUAUUAGACGCUAGUUUUCCAGUAGAUUCCUGUGUGGUAGAGUGUAGGGUGUCACUUUGCUUUCCAUGCAUAUAUUUGCUUUACUGUAUAUGCAUAAAUUUGGCUUUAAGUCUUUAUGAGAAAAUGCAGUAACCAGCUUUGGAGCUUAAAGCAUUUGCUUGUAUCUUUCAGUGGCAAUGAGAAACUUGUUUUCCAGUAAAUGCAUAAAUCUGGCUUCAAGCCUUCGUUUAUGCAGUAAAGGUUGUAUCUUUCAGCAGUUAAAAGUUGUUUUUCCAAAGUGAUAGCUUUUGGUAGCGUGCUUGUGCUUUCUUUGGUUUGCUACAUGAUGAUCUGGCUUCAACUAAGUUCAAGUCUAAGAAAUUGAAGUAGCUAGCUUUUCAACUGUCUAGAAUCAUGUUUCCAAUAUUAGACAUGAUGCCAUGUACUUGCCUGGUAUUUGAACCUUGGAGCUGACCGGAAGUAUUGAAUACAAGUUUAUUACGUUUAUGUACCAGUUUGUCAUGGGUCAUGUAUGAUAUUCAAAUAAAUGUCUGCAGCCC